AUGAUAUGGAUCGCCAGCCGUUUCAUCCGUCCUUUUGGCUCAUCCGGCAGUCCAACAUGGUGCCAGGCCAUAACACAACUUGUCAUUGCGACUUUACAGGCAACAAACCUGUUGUUGCUUAAUCCUCUAGUCAAUUCAGACAUCUCGCGCGACGCAAAGAGCACUCGAAACUUCGGAUCUAGGUUGCUAGCAGCAUUUCGCUUACUUACUGAAACCCGCGCUGUCAAUACACACUGGCAGGUCAAGAAUGUGCCCUCUCAUCCAAAGUAUUAUCUGCGGCGGGGUAUGCAGGUCCCAACAUGGGGUCGAUUUUUACUGCGACAGGUAGCAAUCGUCGCAUGGCAGUGCUUAGUGCUAGAUAUCGUGCAGACAGUCUCGAUUCAGCAGGCUAGGGAACAUGGUCUUCAUGAGCCCGCGUCCUUGGAGGUCAAAUGGAUUGUGCCGGUCGGACAAUGGGCAGAGCGAAUAGCUACGCAUCUGUCUAUUUGGUUUGUGGUAAACCGUCUAAUCGGUGAUCUUGCAUAUCGAGUACUGUCGAUAUUUUUCGUUGGAAUGGGGCUAGAUUCCCCUGCAGACUGGCCACCAGCUUUUGGGAGUAUGGCCGAUGCAUUUACAUUGCGCAACUUUUGGGGGAAAUUCUGGCAUCAAUUCAUGCGCCAGCCCUUCACUUCUAUCAGUAACUUCAUCGCGCGAGAUGUUUUGCGUCUUACCCGAUCUUCAAUGCUGGAGCGAUACACCAACAUUUUCAUUGUCUUUCUUAUCUCCGCAAUGUUCCAUGUCAUUGUUGAUAUACUGCAGAGCGUUCCGAUGGAAAGAUCCGGCUCAAUGCCAUUCUACUUAUCGUUUGUCUUUGGGAUAAUGCUCGAGGAUGGCGUGCAAAAUAUUUGGAAACGGGUACAAGCACCAGAGAACUGGCAAGAGGAGGUAAAGCAAUCAUCAGGUAUUGUACCGCUUUGGAAGAGAGCCGUUGGAAUGGUAUGGGUCAUGUUAUGGCUUGGGAUCACCUCGACAUGGUACUUUACUCCCAUGAUUCAAUCCACGAAUGAUGAUCUGCGGGUGAUUCCUUUCAGUGUCGCAAGAUAUAUCGGCCUCCAGCCGCUCAUAGGUAUUGUCCUGGGUAGUGGAAUUGGCAUUGCACUUAUGUUUGAAGUUGAGCUAUGA